GGUGACAUUGGUUUACCAGGAAUCCCUGGAAAUCCAGGACUGACUGGUCCAAAAGGAUAUAAAGGCAAGAGAGGUGACCCAACUCCUCUGCUUGGUGCACGUGGUCGAAAAGGGCCUCCUGGAGAUCCAGGGUUACCAGGACUCUGUGGAUUCCCAGGAGAGAAGGGUUCACCAGGUAUCCAAGGGCAACCUGGAAGACCAGGACCCAAGGGUGACCCUGGAUACCCAGGAAUACCUGGAUUACCAGGAGCUACAGGUCCUCAGGGAUUGCCAGGAGAACCUGGUGAAAAAGGGAAAUACGGAAUUUUGGGACCUCCAGGAUUGCAAGGAUUAGCUGGAUCCCAAGGCAGAAAAGGUCUUCCUGGACUGCCCGGACUGGAUGGCUUGGAUGGACUAAAAGGUCAAAAAGGUUCUGCAGGAGCUCCAGGUCAAAGUGAAACAGGGCCCCCAGGACACCCAGGGGAACUUGGACCAAAAGGAGACAGAGGUGAACCUGGAUGGCCUGGUAUUUCUAUUCCAGGUCCCCCUGGAGAAAGGGGAUUCCCAGGAUUCCCAGGUAGAAGAGGACCUGUUGGACCCACUGGACCUAUGGGAAGGUCUCCUGAUAGUGCUUCUCCUGGUCCUCCAGGUGAUCAAGGACCACCUGGUUUUGAUGGCAUCAGAGGUCAGCCUGGGAAUCCUGGUCCUCCUGGAGAGACUGUCUUUGUGCGAGGAGAUCCAGGUGAUUUUGGUGUUCGAGGGGCACCAGGUAAUCCUGGGCAGCGAGGGCAACAAGGAGCCAGAGGUCUUGCAGGGAACCCAGGCAGAAGAGGACUAAAGGGUCCUAUGGGAAUCCAUGGUCCACAGGGUCCACCUGGUGCUAUAGGACAACCAGGAGACCAAGGUUUUCAAGGAAAACCUGGUCCCAGAGGUCCCACAGGUGACCCUGGUGAACCAGGAAAAAUAGAUGAUUCGUGCCGUGCAAUCCCAGGGCCUCCUGGGGAAGCAGGGCAAAGAGGAGAUGAUGGCUCUGUAGGAUUACCAGGGCCAAUAGGCCACCCUGGACCCCAAGGAAGAAAAGGUGAAGAAGGGUCGUGUGGCCUGCCAGGUGAAGAUGGCUCACCUGGGGCACCGGGACCACCAGGUGACCAAGGGAAUAGAGGAGAGCAGGGAUACGCUGGGCCACAAGGUCCACCUGGCCAGACUGGUAUCCCAGGACCACCAGGCCCCCAUACUAGAUCUGCAAGUGGAUUCUUGCUCGUCCUUCACAGUCAGUCAGACAGAGAACCACUCUGUCCACAGGGGAUGCCAAAAUUAUGGACUGGCUACAGUCUGCUGUACCUGGAAGGACAAGAGAAAGCUCAUAAUCAAGAUCUUG